AUGUAUAGCGAUGAAGAUUCCAGUGACACUGAAGAUGAAAUACGUAACAACCAUUAUAUUUAUUUAGUGAAAUAUGAUAAUACAGGUUUACAUAAUCCAAUCAUUAUGCCACAUCCAAGUAGAGCUGAUUUAAACGCAAUCGCAAGGAAGAUACUCGAUAAUAUAUCAAAAAUAAAUAAUCAUCCUGGUACUGGUCAUGAAAAGAAUUAUGAUUGUGUUGCGGUUGGUUACACAGCAAAUCAAGAAAUAUACGUGGCCGCUAAUGUUAAAGAACGUUAUCGAUUUGUAACAACAGGAUCAUUGAGAAAUGAUCGCAUUGAGUAUGGUGAAUUGGGCUUAAGUGAAAAAUUGAUUGAACCGAUUCAACAUGCAUUGGAAACUGAAUUGAAUACAAAUAAUCAAUUUAAAGUCACAGUUAUACAACAAAGUCUAGAUGAAAAUCAACAAUCAACACCCGACAUCAAUGCAAGAGAUCAUGCGGAAAUGCAAUUAUUGUCCUAUGCCACCGAACAUGGUGAAGAAAUAACCAGAUUAGGUAUUAGCAAGUCUGCAUGUGUUAAAUGUGAAGAACAGUUAGAAGAUCAUGAUAUUCGAUUCCACAACGACGAGGAAGGAAAUCGAAAUCCAAAAAACUGGGCUCAUCCAGAAAAUGUUAAAACUAAAAAAUUAGUAACUAUGUCAAAACGUCGAAUUCUAGUUAAAUAUCGCGAUGUGGACGAAAGUGAACAUAAUAUACCGAAAACAAGAGCUGAAGCACGUCAAGAAAUUCUGAAAAAUUUCAAACAGCAAGUUAUACCGAAACCGGGAUGUCAUGUAACAGUUGGUGCUAUUCUGGAUGUAAUUGAAGACAUCGAUAGACAACCUUCUGCUAAUGCGGGCGUGUUAAAGGCCUAUGCAGGUACAUAUAAAAAACAGAGAACUGCAAGAGUUGGUGCGUAUGCAAGUGCUAGUGUUGCUGAAGCACAUGCCAGUGCUAGUAUAUUUGGAGCUAGUGCUUCAUUCUUAUCCGCAUCUGCUCAUGUCGAAGCUGGUUCAAAUUAUUCUAUUGGUGCAAAUGCGUCUUUAGUACGAGCAGAAGCACAUGCAGGACCUCUUGGAGUUGGCGUCGGUCUGAAUUUAAAUACCGGUGCGAAUGUUGGACUUGAUGGUGUAAAUGCAUCGUUUUUAGGUUUCGGAGUUGGUAUUGGUCCCAAAAUGUCGAUAAAAACACCUGUUAUUGAUGUUAGUUGUAAUAUCAUGUAG